UCCGGUUCGCCGUGUGCGCUGCGUCUUGGCGCUGGGAGCUGUGGCCCUCUUCCCGCACGUGGCCGUGUCCUGGCGCGCUUCCCCCGGCGGCGCUGCGGCCCCAGUUGUCACCGACUCUCGCUGACCCGGUCCCGCACCUCUGCCCGCCAUGCUGGUGCUAUUCGAGACCCCGGCCGGAUACGCCGUCUUCAAGGUCCUGGAUGAGAAGAAACUCCAGGAAGUUGACAGUUUAUGGAGAGAAUUUGAAACACCUGAAAAGGCAAAUAAAAUAGUGAAAUUGAAACACUUUGAAAAGUUUCAGGACACAACAGAAGCCCUUGCUGCAUGCACAGCUCUGGUAGAGGGCAAGCUCAGCAAGAACUUGAAGAAAAUUCUAAAGAAGAUAGUGGCAAAAGAUGCCCAUGAACAGUUGGCCAUAGCAGAUGCCAAACUCGGAGGUGUCAUAAAGGAUAAACUGAAUUUAAGUUGUAUUCAUAGCCCAAUGGUUACUGAACUGAUGAGAGGAAUUCGUUCUCAAAUCGAGGGGCUUAUCACUGGCCUUCCAUCGCGGGAAAUGGCAGCUAUGUGUUUAGGAUUGGCACACAGCCUCUCCCGAUACAAGCUGAAAUUCAGCCCAGACAAAGUAGAUACAAUGAUUGUCCAAGCAAUCUCCCUUCUUGACGACCUAGAUAAAGAGCUGAAUAACUAUAUCAUGCGCUGUAGGGAAUGGUAUGGCUGGCACUUCCCUGAACUAGGCAAAAUCGUCGCAGAUAACCUAACAUACUGUAAAUGUGUGCGGAAAGUUGGAGACAGAAGAAACUUUUCUACCUCCGACCUCUCGGAAGUCCUGCCAGAGGAGAUUGAUGAGGAUGUGAAGGCUGCUGCAGAAAUCUCCAUGGGAACAGAAGUAUCAGAAGAAGACAUAAACAAUAUACUGCAUCUCUGUGACCAGGUGAUUGAGAUCUCAGAGUAUCGAACGCAGCUGUAUGACUAUCUCAAGAACAGAAUGAUGGCCAUUGCACCUAACCUCACUGUUAUGGUCGGGGAAUUAGUUGGAGCGAGGCUUAUUGCUCAUGCAGGUUCCCUUUUGAAUCUGGCUAAACACCCAGCUUCCACUGUUCAGAUUUUGGGUGCUGAAAAAGCACUUUUUAGAGCCCUGAAGACUAAACGGGACACACCCAAGUUUGGCCUGAUUUAUCAUGCUUCCCUGGUGGGACAAACUUCUACAAAAAACAAAGGAAAGAUCUCUCGAAUGCUAGCAGCCAAAACUGCAUUGACUAUUCGUUAUGAUGCCCUUGGAGAAGACUCCAGUGCUGAAAUGGGAGCUGAGAACAGAUUAAAAGUAGAGACUAGACUGAGACACUUGGAAGAGAAAGGGAUAAGAAGAAUAAGUGGCACAGGAAAGGCCUUGGCCAGGGCAGACAAAUAUCAGCACAAGAGUGAAGUGAAGGUAUAUGACCCUUCUGGUGACUCUACACUCCCUGCUGUUCCAAAAAAACGUAAAAUUGAAGAGGUGGAAGAAGAGGAGAUGGAGGUUACAGUGAAAGGAAAGAAGAUCAAAGUAGAAAUUAAAGAAGAGGCAGAUGUAGAGGAAGGUGAACCGGUCAAAAAGAAGAAAAAGAAAAAGGAAAAAAAACAGAGAGCUGAGGAAGAGGCAGCUUCGGCUGAAGAGCCGUCCACUAGCACAGCGGUGGAGAGUACAGAGAAAAAGAAGAAGAAGAAGAAAAUCAAAGUAGAGCAAGAGGACUAGUGGGGGAGAAACAAUUCAUUUGGAUGCUUCAAUUCAGAAUAUAUUCCCUAAAAUACUUUCUCUUUAAAUACUUGCUCAAACACCAUAACUUCCCCCAGUAAUGGGAGGGGGCACAUGGAAGAUGAAUUUGAUAAGUCUCUGCUGUCUCUUCCUCAGAACAAAAUAUUUAAUUUGUUUUUGGCUCCUUAAGUAGGCCACUGCCUUAUUGCAGUUUCUUUAAUUGAGAAGGUCACAAUAGGUCUUUGUUCAUAUGUGGUCUUUUGUGAUACUGAAUAAAAAUAUUCUUUUUGUAUA